CCUGAACGCAUCUCUCAACUAGAAAGCCCCGCCGUCACCGCAACCGUCACUCCUCACUCGUCAGUUCUCAUGGGAAAUUCGUCAAACUCGGCGCCGCCCAGGACACCCUCGGCCUACUCCGUUUGUUCUGUCGCGUGGAACCCUUCACUCCUUGAACAACGUGCAACGUUUUCUCUUCCCAGCAUUUAACCUCCCUGGGCUUUUUUGCACGCACACCGUGAUUGGCGCCCUGCCCAAGCACGAACACAAUGGAAGGACACAAGCGUUCCAAAUCGUCUACAGUCAAAAGCCUCAUCAACCGCGUCUCCUCCAAGACUGACGUAACCGACGUCAAUAGCUCCGAGCCCGUAGCGCCCGCCUCCUCCGCAACUUCCGUCAAGUCCCACACGGGAUCCUCUGCCUCCAAACACCACCGCUCCGCUUCGAGGCACCACCGGCCUCACCUCACCACGACUAUGACGAACACCGCACCACAAGAUGGCCUUCCUCCGGCGUCACCAGCGCAGGGUCCCACCCCUACCUCGCCGCUGCCACGAGCUGCGUCUGUAGAGCAAUCCGUCAAGCUGUUCCGAGUCUUUGAAGCCUUGCGCAAUGGCGAUACAGCGGCUAUCUCCAAGGCAAUAAGGGAGCAGCAGGUGCCCCAAAAUGAGGAGCGAGAGGGUUCCUCCUUGUCAUUGCCUGGACGUUCGGAGGGUACUUCAAUAUUGCAUCUGGCCAUACAAUGCGCAGAGCUGCCCGUCAUUGAAUUUGUGCUCUCGAGUGCAACUCCAGGGCCGGACUCGGUCGUUGACGUAAAUGGCCGUGAUCGCGACGGGAACACCCCUCUGCAUCUGGCUGCGACACUCGGUCGUGUGCAGGUAGUGCGCAUGCUGCUCGAUCAACCGAAUGUGAACGAUUCCAUCACCAACUACAACGGUCAGACGCCGCUCGAUCUCGCUCGAACGCCAGAGAUCUUCCAACAGUUGCAGCUCGCGCGGUCUAUAUUCAUUGAAUCCAAUGUGAAGAAGAUACAGCACCUCGUGGCCACGCAGGACUUGGAAGGGAUUGAGAAGCUCCUGCAAGACCCGAGAGUUAAGAGUUCACUGGACGUCAACGGCGGAGACCUGCCAACCGAUCCUGCGGUGGUCGAUGCCGGAGGAACACUUUUGCACGAGGCGGCCAAGCGCAGGGAUGUCAAGUUGGCCCAGCUGUUGCUUCUCAAUGGUGCGGACCCUUUCCGGCGAGAUCGAAAGGGAAAGCUGCCGCAAGACUACACCAAGGAUGACCGCACUCGCGCGAUACUGAAGCGAUCGCCAGCUGCGGCUGCGGCACAGAGAGGAAUCCAAGAGAAGACUAUCCUAGCGGGUGCGGGUAGCCAGUCGGCCACAGGGGAGAACAGCAUAGGCGCAAAGGAGUCAAGAGAGAUGAAGGGCUACCUGAAGAAGUGGACGAACUACACAAGUGGCUACAAACUGAGAUGGUUUGUGCUUGAGGAUGGCGUCCUGAGCUAUUACAAGCAUCAAGACGAUACUGGCUCUGCGUGCCGUGGUGCCAUCAAUAUGAAGAUCGCGAAGCUCUUCAUGGACCCCCAGGAUAAGCUGCGUUUCGAGAUCCAAGGGAAAUCUUCCGUCAAAUACCACUUGAAGGCGAAUCAUCAAGUCGAGGCCAAGCGCUGGUUCUGGGCUCUGAACAACGCCAUUCAGUGGGCAAAGGACGAAGCCAGAGAAGAGGAGAAGCAGCGGUCCCGCGACCAAGAGUUAUUGAAGCAAGCGAGAAUUGAGCAGCUGGACAAGUCCCGCCUUUCCAAAGACAACGACUCGCUCAGCCAUGCCAGUACCAGGUUGCGGGGUGGGAAGGAUCUUGUCCCAUCCACGUCACUGGGAGUCCCUCUGACAAGUCAGGACGCGGCGUCACGCCCUGCGGCCAGCAUCAACGGAGAGCCUGAAAGUGCAUACGAGAACAGCGUAGCUGGCAACGAACUCGGAAGGAUAGUCAGUCAGUUCGGGACGACUACAAUAGAAGGCGACUUGGACGACGAUGAGGAGGAUGGUGAUGACGCCAGCAGCCACGAACUGCGGCCCCAGAGCAAGGAUGCCUUCAACAUCACUGCUCAGUCGGCCAAGGUUCAAUUGGAUCUGUUGGCCCAGGUGACAGCGGCGCUGCAGGCAGAGAAGGGGAAGAAUCCGACGUUGCAAAUCUCUGAUUCGCUGAUGGUACAGGCUCUGGCAUCAUAUGAGGCAGCGGUUGGAAAUCUCAAAGGCCUCAUUGGGGAUCUUCUGAGGAUAUCACGAGAUCGAGACGCAUACUGGCAGUACCGGUUAGAAAGAGAAGCCAAUGUCCGCCGCAUGUGGGAGGAGAGUAUGGCGAAAGUGGCAAGGGAGCAUGAAGAGCUGGAGAACCGCCUCGGGGAAUCCGAGCUUAAGCGGAGAAAAACAAAGAGGGCAUUGCGGGAAGCCCUUGAUGAGUACAAGGAGGAAGGAGGGAAAGUCCUGGAGGAAGAUGAGGAGUUCACCGAUGCAGAGGAGGCGAUGUCAGAGAUAAUUCCUGGUAAGGUUGAAUCUCGCCGUUCUUCGCGAGCUUUGAGAAGAAAAGCCACCUUUGCAGACAUCGUUGCCGAAAUCUCAGAGUCCGAGUCCGAGGAGGAAGAGGAGUUCUUCGACGCCGUUGGAGCUGGCGAGGUCGAGGUUGCUCAGAUGCCGGAGGUGCACGCCUCCAAACCUACAGGAGAUCUCUUCAAAAAUAGGUUCGAAGUAAUCAAGACGGGUUUCAAAGGCUACGAGGAUGGCCCAAGGAAGAGAUUGGCCAUGGACGCGGAUAACCGGCCUAAGAUUUCUCUAUGGGGCAUUCUGAAAUCCAUGAUCGGCAAAGACAUGACCAAGAUGACGCUCCCUGUCUCCUUCAACGAGCCAACUUCGCUGUUGCAGCGUGUUGCAGAAGACAUGGAGUACGCCGAACUCCUCGACACUGCCGCCGAACGUGUGGAUUCGACCGAGCGCCUACUCUAUGUCGCCGCAUUUGCCGCCUCCGAGUAUGCCUCUACGAUCGGCCGUGUAGCGAAGCCCUUCAACCCCCUGCUCGGUGAGACGUACGAGUACGCACGACCGGACAAGGGCUACCGCUUCUUCAUCGAGCAAGUCAGCCAUCAUCCGCCGAUUGGGGCCGCCUACGCCGAGUCGAAGAACUGGGAUUACUAUGGUGAAUCUGCAGUGAAGUCCAAGUUUUACGGCAAGUCCUUUGACAUCAAUCCCCUCGGCACCUGGUUCCUUCGCCUGCGUCCCACGUCCGAAGGCGGCAAAGAAGAACUCUAUACCUGGAAAAAGGUCACCUCCUCCGUCAUCGGCAUCAUUACCGGUAACCCCACCGUCGACAACUACGGUCUCAUGGAAAUCAAGAACUGGACCACGGGCGAAGUCUGCCAACUCGACUUCAAGCCUCGCGGCUGGAAAGCAAGCUCCGCAUACCAGGUCGUAGGUAAGGUGCUCGAUGCCGAGGGCCGCGUGCGAUGGAGCGUCGGCGGUCGGUGGAACGACAAGAUUUACGCCCGCCUGACGCCUGGGUUCGAGGACGCGGAAAUCGAAAAGGGCGGGUCCAACAAGCACAAGCACAACGAGGAGAACAAGGCGUUCCUCGUCUGGCAAUGCCAUGAGCGACCGACGGGCAUCCCGUUCAAUCUCACGCCGUUUGUCGUGACGCUCAACGCACUUCCGGAUGCGCUGCGGCCGCAUAUCGCGCCCACGGAUACUCGGUUGCGGCCCGAUCAGCGGGCGAUGGAGGAUGGGCGGUACGAUUUCGCGGCGACAGAGAAGAAUCGGGUGGAGGAGAAGCAGAGGAAGACUAGAAGGGAGAGGGAAGCGAGGGGGGAGGAGUUUGUGCCAAGGUGGUUUAGCAAGGGGAGAUGUGAGAUCACUGGGGAGGAGUACUGGGUUUUCAACCACGAGUAUUGGCGGAUUCGGAAUGAGGUUAGUGAGAGGAGGGCAAGGUGGGAGGAGCAGGGGCUGGAGGAUAUUUUUUGAGUGUGGAUUGAGUGUUUGGGGGAAAAUAGAAUAGACGUCGGAGGUGGUGUCCGUCUGGUUGAGCUGGCUUGCGUGGCGUGGUAUGGUGUGCGUAGUGUAUGAUUGAUUGCAUGGAUUAUGGUUUGAUGAUAUGUGUAGACCUUGCACGAGAUGAUGGGCUGAAUGCAUUUCCGAUAUAUAGAAGUUGAAUAUCUGCCAUACCUCUGCA